CCCAGAUGUUGACAUCUACUCCAAACUUAGAUAAGUUGUUUUUGCAGGUGUCUUUGUACCUCAAUUUUGGCCUUCCUCUUGGCACAAAGACUAAGACUGAUCCCAACCCAACUUUACAACCUGGCAGAGGAUGAGCUGCGCUGGAGUGACACCACUGCUCUCAGCGCUUAUCUCCCUGCUCAGCUUUCUGCCCGGCGCACAGAGCGGGCCAUACAAUGACCUCAUCGUGGAUGUGUACACGGAUCUCCACGAUUUCCAGCCCUACCAAAAUUACUUACAAAACGUUACCUACGAAGAACAGAUUGGGAGUUCCUUAAGUAUGAGGGGCCGUAUAGAGGAGCUCAUUUGGGACAAAUCUAGGAAUCGAUAUCGUGAGAUUCUGGAUGUUUUGCGGAGAGCGAGCGAAAAGCCUCACUUUGUCACACCCCCGGAGCCUUCUCUCUCUCACACCUGCGCACACGAGCUUUAUGAGUGGAUGCGGGCCCUUGGAAGGGAGAAAAAUUGGGCCCUAAGGAUGCUGGACUCCUGGGGCAGACCUGGCUCCGCGAUAAUGCAAGGAAAUAUUCAGUACUUUGGAGAAUUCACAGGAUGCCUGAGAAUAGAAACGACUGAAGAAGACUUAGAAGGUGCUCAAAUCGACGGGCAAUACUGUCUACUGAAUAUUAAAGUGAGUUUAAGUCGAGAUAUAUACAACUUUCAGAGCUACAUUCCAAACAGCAAAGAUUCGUUCAAAGUGGAAGUGAAAUGUCACCGUGAUGUGUACAUGGAGAGUGGAACUCUCAUUGGAAUCACAUUGCUCUACUCAUCUUUGCUGGUUAUUGUCGUUUUGGCAACGUUUGCGGACUUCACACUGGACCGCCAAGGAGAGGAGAGGAAAAGUGGGGACGAUACCAAGGAGGAUGGCCUGGCGGAGAACGAUGGAAUAGAGGCAAAGAUCAACGACAUUAGCGGGUCUACUUCAUCCAAGGACGAGUAUCUGCCCUUGCUUAAGACGAUGCUGAAAACGAAACGAGACAGACCGCUGGUGAAAAUCCUGUUGUGUUUCUCGGCCAAAACUAACAUGAAGGAUCUCCUGGAUAUGUCCAGUCCGAAAGACAAAGAUAAACUGGACUGUCUGAACGGAAUGCGUGUGUUCACUAUGUUUUGGAUUGUUUUCGGACAUGCCAUUUUGCUCAGUAUCACAACCAGUCAAAACCCGAUACAGUUCUUUAGGGAUCAGGGGAAGUCAUUAUGGUUCCAGGUCAUGAAUGUGGGCACAUUAUCUUGUGACACUUUUCUGCUGAUCGGAGGUUUGGUGCUGACUUAUGGAAAGUUGAACUCGUGGGCGAAAAAGGGAAGAAAAAUCAGCUGGUGGAAAUAUUAUGUCAACAGGUAUUUAAGGUUGACGCCUCUCAUGUUUCUCGUCUACCUAUUCGCCGAGCUGACCAAUCCGUACUGGUUCACCGGGCCUGUAACCCGACGUCCUGAGGAAUACUUCCCCAGGUGCAAAGACACAUGGUGGCAAUCUCUUCUCUACAUCAACAACUUUAACCAUGGGUGUUAUGAAUGGACUUGGUAUCUCUCUGUGGACAUGCAAAUCUUCAUCGUUACACCGAUAUUUCUUCUCGCUUUCGACAGAAAACCUGUAAUUGCCUACGUGCUGUGCGGCCUUGCGAGUGCCUUCUCAAUGAGCUGGACGGCGUAUACAUCGCACGAAAGACACGUGGCGUUGACGCCGAUGGAUAAAGUGGAGCAUUAUCCUCCACUAUCUGGUGACGAUUUUUUGGAGGUCUACGCAGUGACGUGGUUCCGAUUGACGCCCUACAUGGUAGGCAUGCUUAUUGGUUAUCUGCUGCACAGGACCAACAUGACGAUUAAUAUGUCUAAGAUAGUUUUGCUCCUUGGCUGGAUGACUGUUCUAGCAGUAUCAGCAACGCUGAUAUUCCUGCCCAUGAAUGCUCACGCUUUUCUUACUGACUGUAAACCCCUCACUCUGACGCAAGCGGUUCUUAUCUCCACGCUUUCGAGACCACUUUGGAGUUUAUGUGUGGCCUGGGUAGUAGUUGUUUGCGCCACGAAAAAUGCAGCACCAAUCAACAGUUUCUUGUCUCUUGGUAUCUUCAGCAUUGGGACAAAGCUGUCGUACGCCAUGUACCUCAUCCACUUGUUUUUAAUAUCCGCUUUAGUGAGGUCCAUUCACCAUGUCGCUUUUAUAUCUUUGCCCAAUGUCUUCGUCCUAACGAACGGAGUGCUGCUGAUAACGGCCAUUCUGUCAACUGUGGCCCAUCUCCUUAUUGAGAAACCCCUCAGCAACCUGCAGGAUCUGUACUUGAAGUGAGAGCCGAAGAGCAAGUACCCUGGACUGGAGUCUAUUCACAGCAGCCAACUUGGUUUUCUAUUUGCUUUGAUAUGAGCUAUAUUAUGUACCAUCAUAGUAGAUACAGAUUACCGCUUUAGAAUGCAAGCGCCUCUAAGAAAGAUCUCCGAAUUGGGAGGCACCGUGGUGAAAUCAGGCGCUUGUCAAAACAAUGGAAUCAAAGAAACCCGCAUUUUCCCGUCUGUUUGUAAUUUUUUAUCGAUUUUUUUGGGUGUGUUUUGGCUCAAUACUGUGUACGCCCAUUGUACAAAUACAUUUCUGUAUGGAUUUUACUGAAAAACUCAAAUAAACGUGCCGAAAAGUGUAAAUUAUUUCCUGGGUCAAAGAACUUUCGAGCUAUGGAAAAUACCCAAAUUUCUCGGUCAUUUUCUCUCUAAUUUAAUCGAUGAUACCAGACGAGCCACAUCUCCUUCAAUUGCAGACAUCUCAACUUC